CUUGGAAAGGUUCGCUUCAACGACAUCACAUGGUCCACAGUAAUGAGAAACCAUUUGUUUGUAACAUUUGUGGCAGAUGCUUCUCUCAUAACAAUAGCCUCCAACGACAUAGGAUUAGCCACACUAAUGAGAAACCGUUUGUUUGUGACACUUGUGGCAAAAGUUUCUCUGAGAAAGGCACACUUCAGCGACAUGAUAGGGUCCACACUAGCGAGAAACCAUUUGUCUGUGACAUUUGUGGAAAAGGCUUUUCACAAAAAGGCAACCUUCAACUGCACCUGAGAGUUCACACUAAUGAGAAACCAUUUGUUUGCGAAGUUUGUGGGAAGUGUUUUUCACAGAAAAAUAGACUUAAAGAUCAUCAAGGGGUCCACACUAAUGAGAAACCAUUUGUUUGUGACAUUUGUGGCAAAGGUUUCUCUGCGAAAAAGAAACUUCAGCCACAUCAGAUGGUCCACACUAAUGAAAAACCAUUUGUUUGUGACAUUUGUGGCAAAGGCUUCUCGCAAAAAGGUAACUUUCAACAGCAUCAGAGAGUUCACACUAAUGAAAAACCAUUUGCUUGUGACGUUUGUGGUAGAUGUUUUUUCGCAGCAAGGUAGUCUUCAUAGACAUCAGAGGGUCCACACUAAAGAAAAAACAUUUUGAUUACGAACAAAGUGUAACCUUCAACGAUAUUCAGAGCGUCCACAAAUGAGAAUCCGUUUGUGACAUUUGUUGUGGCAAGGGCCUCUCUACUAGGGGUAUCCUUUUGCCAUCGUGGCUUAACUUGCCGGCAUUACACAAGUCGCUUCAUGCAUGCUUUUACAGCUCCGCCGCUUUAAGCCACGAUGGCCUUGGCGAAGGGCUAUACUAGUGGAGGCCAUCAAAGGCGACUUGAGUCGUAUCACACCAGUUUAUGUAGAGGGUGGCCUUGAAAACAAGAGGGUCCAUACACAUUUCAGUUAUAUGAAACAUCAGUUAUGUACACCCGAUCCUCAAUCUCUCCCAUGGCAGUAGCCAGAGGCAGAUCAAGAAAUUUUUGCAGGGGGGGGGGGGGGGGGG